GCCUCCAUGCGUCGUGAGGUGAGGCGCUUUAUUAGAGCCGAUGCCCAAAAAGGGGAGGAGCCUCUUCCACUUUUUUCUAUCCCAUGGGGUGCGCUGAUAGAUAAGUAGAAGACCCCCUGCAAGAAUGCGAUCAUAUUGGAAACAACUGACCAUUGUAUCGAGUCCUCGUUCCUCCGUUUAAAGAUGCAGCAGCUGCUCUUCACUCUCGCCCUGCUGUCUUUUCUGGCACUGGAUACAGAGGCUGGAGAUUGGUGUUACCAGUCCCAGUUCAGCUGUGAUCAUCAGUGUAACACACCAAAUAAAUGGGACCAUGCCAACAGUGACUGUGAUGGCAGAUAUCAGUCUCCCAUCAACGUGGUCACCAGGAAGACACUACUGGAUGAGCGACUCACACCGUUCAAGUUCACCAACUACCAGCAGAUCUUCAGAGGCUUCAUUAAGAACAAUGGCCACUCAGUCCAGGUUGGAGUUCCUCACCUCAGCACAAUAUCAGGAGGAGGCCUGUCCACUACAUACAAAGCUGUGCAGUUCCACCUGCACUGGGGCAACAGUAAAGGGCCAGGGUCAGAGCACACCAUUGAUGGGGAACAGUAUCCCAUGGAGCUGCACAUUGUACACAUGAAGCACCAUUAUACUGACCUGUCCACAGCUCUGGCAGACCAAGAGGGAGUGGCAGUUCUUGGCUUCUUCUAUGAGAAGUCAAACAGUGCAAACCGAAAAUAUGAUCCCAUCAUCACUUCUCUUCGGAGCAUUAAAGCAGCUAAUGGAAACACUUCUUUACCACCUGUGUCUCUGGCUCAGCUCCUUCCCCCUGAGCAGAACCUGACCAGUUUCUACAGAUACAAAGGAUCCCUUACCACUCCAGGUUGCACCGAGGCUGUGGUCUGGACUCUGUUUGAGAACACCAUCCCCCUCAGCAGUGACCAGCUGCGGGCUUUCUUCGACCUGAAGUUUCAUGAUGGCAAACCGAUGGUGGACACCUUCAGACCAGUGCAGCCUCUGAAUGGGAGGCAGGUGUUUCGUUCUGGUGCGACUGUGGCUCUGACCAGCACAGCUCUCCUUGUGGCUGCCCUGGCCUCAGCUCUGGGACUAUCCCAACUGAACUAGAGCAGGACCCGCUGCACCGCAGCAUCCACAGACACUUUGACCAUCCAUUCGUCAGCUGGACUUUGGUUUUGUUACAUAUCGCAUGGUUGCUAUGACGCACGGUUGCUAUGACAAAUAACCUCAUCAUAUGAGCAUGAACCUCAUGUGCUCGUUUAUGACGCACAUGACAAAGGUGUUGAAGUGCGCCUUAUGAACAGUGUCAUACCUAGAGUACCUGUGCAUGCAGAGUGACGCAGUAUGAAUGUGCCAUAAACAGGGACAAAGACAGCUGAACUCUAGUGAAAAGCACACCUCAGCUGCGCUCACAGCACCACCCCAAACACCAGCACCUCCAAUGUCAGGUAAAUAUAGUCCCUGCUAAUGUGGCUAAUGCCUCUGCUGAGAGUGCCACAAUCAGCUCAGUGACCCACUGCAUGGGGCACUGUGCCUGAUGGUCCUCGUGAACAGCAUUUGGCUAUUAAUAGUAAAACAGCGGUCAAAAGUGUCAGCAAUUUGGUUGUGUUUCAAAGUCCAGGUGUAAAGAGCACAGGGCCACACAUACAACAGGCAGAAAGCAAGUAUCUGGAGCAGAGGGCACAUUUCCACCUCCACAACAAUCUUUAAGUGCACAGUCUUGCGUAUCCCAGGUGACACCGCACUGACACCUGAGCCCAACAAUGACAACAGCUUGGACAGAGCACAAGAAGACACAAGCACUUUUCAAAUAUGCCACUGUCCCUUUUUAGUUUUAAAUCUAUCACCAGCCGGCUAUUUUAAUACGCUCAACGAUGCUAAACACCUCAUAUCAGAGUUUGGACUGAUGACCUUUCUUAACUAGAUGCUGUGUGUUCAUGGCUUGUAAUACAGGGUCCUGAAUGCACUGAAUGUUUUUGACUGUGAACUCCACUCCAGUCCUUCCUUAUAUAUUGUGGAUAUUGUGGAGGACUUAUAAAGUAUUCUAGUGAGACUGUGCAAUUUACCAGCGGAAUUUAUCAAGCAAGGAUUACAUACAGUAUAUAUUUUCCAUUGUGUCUUGGCAUUGUAAUCUUUCUAUGCUGUGUAAUUGAACACAUGUAUUUAUGAAGUGAAUGUGUACGGAUAUGAGAUGCACAAUGUUAUUUAUGUUUUGUUUAAAUUGUAUUGAAUGCAUAUAUGAAGAAACUAUUAGACCAAUCCACUCUUCAAGUACAAGUGUAGAUAACUGUCAAGUGUGUAUACUUGAAAGUGUCCAAGAAUGUGUCCUAACUGAACAAUAAACAAUUUUGCCUUUUUAAA